GGAACCCGCAUCUAACAGGAACAUAUUUAGAUGUCAUGAUGUUGCAGAUAGUUCCAGUGCUGCAUCCAUAGGACUGAACCUUUUCACCAACACACACGUAUCCUGACUUGGACUAAAUUGUCUUAAAGCGCAGGAAGCAACGUGACAUCACGUCAGUUUUCACGUGAGCACAUUUCUGCACAGUCGACCCUGUAAGAUUUACAGUUACGGUAUAAGAGACGAGCUGUUAGACAAGCUGACGUGAUGCAGUUCUUGCUGUUCUAUGAAUAAGCACCAGCUGGACCGCUUGCAUACUGUGACUGUGCAUUUUUGCUUUUCUACGUGAGUUAACUCGUCAGCUGAGCGUGUCAGCAUCGCAGCAUUGAUCGUCGCAAUCAUCUCGGUCUCAGCUGUGAAUGAAGCACCGACUCUGCCCUCCUGUUGCCUUGCUAUUUAAUGUGCUCUUUCUGUGGCAGUAUUCACCCUCCUGCUUUAUUCAGCGCACACUGAGAGGGAGCAAUGCAUGACCUGUGCACCACACCAGAAUCCACUGAAGCCUUGCAGCACUUCUCCUCAAUAACUGCCUCCAGUACGGGAGAACCUGAACCUCCGGCUGGACCAGAGCAUCCAGUACAAGAGAAGCCGGAAAAGGAGGAGGGAACGUCGAACACUGUGAACAUGGCAAACCUGGGCCAGGGUACCAUAACCAACGGCAUGCUCGGAAAACGUCACCAUUCUCUAUACGAGGAUUUUAACAGCCACAAAGGGCAAGGGUUCAGAAAGAACGGCACAGAUUACGACUGUCUAGUUCGACAGAACUCAGAGCUGCUGAGAGCGCUGGAGGAUCUGGAGAAGACCGUGUCCACGCUCCGAGAGGAGAACAGCCUCCUGCGUAAGAGCAGUUGUCCUGAGACGGAGGACAAGGUAAAGAGGCUGAGGAGGAAAAAUGCCGAGUUGGCCGUCAUCGCUAAGCGUCUGGAGGAGAGGGCACACAAACUGCAGGAGGCCAAUCUUAAAGUGGUGAAUGCCCCCAUCCCCAUGAAGCCCGGCACUGUAGAGCAGUACAAGAGAGCGUUUGCUAGGCAGCGGGCACGAGACCUGGCACAGCACGCAGACACACUCCUCUCCAAAGACAAGGAGAUUGCCGCACUGCAGCAUGAGUGCCGUCAGCUGAAGGCCAGGAUAGGACAGGAUAAACAGGCUGCUCCUGGUCCGGCAGGAGCGGCGGAGUUUGAGCGGUUGCUGAAGGAGUCUCAGAAGGAGGUGCUGCGUCUGCAGAGACAGCUCUCGGUCAGCUCGACCCGGGAUCAGAGCUCAACCGGAGAAGCCGAGAAAGAGCCAGAACAAAAAGAGGCACCCGCUGUAUGUGAAACCCCACAGCCUGUAGCUGAUGAAGUCCAUGUUAAGGGGAAGGAAACUCAUGGAGAAGAAAAGGAUGAGUCUAGCGCACAAGUAACUGCUGAGCAGGACAGCAGCUCCACCCAUCCAGAAGAACAGGCACAAAAGGAGCGUAUAGAGUUUCUGGAAAGUGAGCUGAGCAAGAAGAGAAAAGAAUGUGAGGGUCUCGAGCAUGAAGUAAGGAAGAGGCAGAAGAGAUGUCUCGAUUUGGAGAGCCAGCUUGAGGAUGAGCGCGGUCAAAAUGAGCGCUUAACAGAGGAGGCUGAACUCCUCAGGAGGAAGGCUCAGCUGCUUGAGCAGUCUCAGGUUGAGAAUGAGGAGCUGAGGGAGGAGCUCUCUGCAGUGAGCGCUCGGUAUAGUUCAGUUCUCGAGGAGAACCAGAGACUCCGUGCCAAGCUGGAGAACCUAGAGCAGGUCCUAAAGCAUAUGCGAGAGGUCGCAGAGCGCAGGCAGCAGCUGGAACUGGAACAUGAGCAGGCACUGGCUAUCCUCAAAUUCAAACAGGAUGAAAUCAAACGACUUCAGCGGGCUCAGUUGUUUGCUAAGAGGGAGCAUGAAGGAGUUGUGCAAAUGCUGGAGGGGUUGAUCCAGUUUGUAUUGCAGAGAGAGCUGUCAAAGGUACGGGAGCUGGAGCAGAAGUGCCGUAAUCAGAGCGAGCAGUUCAGUCUUCUCUCUCAGGAGCUGGACAAAUUCCGGCAGCAGGCUUCUAAGAUCGAUUUGUCAGCUCCUGGACUGCUGUGCUCCGGCCUCACGCAACUUCCCAACGGCCUCAGUCUGCCCACGGACACCGGCACUAGUGCCUCAUGGGAUGACAUCGCCUUCUGGAGUCUGGAGGGUAACGAGGCCCUGUGUGACGUCUCUGAGCAGGAUUUGGCUGCAGUGCUUCGGGCCGGCACGGCGUCAUACUCAGCAGGCCUGUCCCAGAGCGAGCGCUCGCCAGGCACCAAACACCGUGAGCUGCCCAGCCUGAACCCCAAAUCAGCCUCCUCCUCCAGCGCAUCUCCACCCAAAUCUGAAAACACACACCUGUCGCCGAAAUCUGCCGCAACCUCACGCAAAGCCAGCCCCACUCACGAGGUGGACACUGCCAGUGAGGUUGAGGAACUAGACAUCGACGUGUCCCCUGUUCCCUUCCCGGCCAGUCGAGGAGCUGCAAAGCUCCAGGUUUUUAUUGCCCGUUACAGCUACAACCCAUACGAUGGCCCAAAUGAUAAUCCAGAGGUAGAGCUGCCUCUCACAGCAGGGGAAUACAUCUAUGUGUACGGAGACAUGGACGAUGACGGCUUCUAUGAAGGUGAAUUGAUGGACGGCCGUCGAGGCCUCGUCCCAUCCAACUUUGUGGAGCGUGUCUCAGAUGAUGAGGCACAUGAAGCUGCCGACUUUUCCCACAACUCCUUCCUGGAAAGCAGCUUUCACAGCACCUCAGAGAGACCACAUCCCCACCAGCACCAUGUGCGCUUAGGCCUCAGCAUCACAGACCGGACAGAGGCCUCAACUACCAGUGACAUGAGCAAAACUGGCACUAUACCACUCGUUAAUGGCUUGGACAUGGAUCUGGACUUGGAGGAUGACACGGAGGCUCACAUCGUGCCUCAUCCUCACAAGCUGACUCUCAUCAAACAGCUAGCUAAGAGCAUAGUAUUGGGCUGGGAGGCACCCCCGGGAGGAGUGACAGUGCAGAGCUACAAUGUCUACGUGGACCAGGAGCUGCGUCUCAGUGUGCCCACGGGGAAUCCAACCAAGGCUGUGUUAGAGAGGAUGGAUACGGCUCAUAAGACUCACCGUGUGGCUGUGCAGAGUGUGAUGGAGCGUGGUACCUCAGACCUGUUACGUUGCUGCAUGCUGGUAGGGAAGGACGUUUGCGCGGCACCCACUGAGCUGCGGGUAGAACGCAUCAUGGCCACUUCAGCACGUCUUACCUGGCUUCCUAGCAACAGCAGUUAUGCACAUGCAGUCUCGUUGAAUGGUGAGCUGUGUGAGUUGGUGCAGGCUGGCAGAUAUUCACUGCGCCUUAGUGACCUUAUUCCUGGUCUGCACUAUCGUGUGGAGGUGGAGGCACAGCUGCCAUCAGAGAGGAGGGAGCGCAAGUGUGCUUUUACCUCUUUUACCACACUUACCGCAGGUCCUCCUGAUGCUCCUCUGGAUGUGCAGCUGGAGCAGGGACCAACCCCAGGGAUCGCUCAAAUCAGCUGGCUCCCAGUCACUAUUGAUGCUGCUGGGACUUCCAAUGGGGUCCGUGUCACCGGCUACACCAUCUAUGCUGACAAGAAGAAGAUGUUGGAGGUGUCCUCGCCCACAGCAGGCAGUGCUCUGAUUGGUCCUUCUCAGAUUGAAAUGCUUCGAGUGUCCCACGAGCUCACUGUUCGCACCAUGUCUCCUCAUGGUGAGUCAGCCGACUCAACGCCCGUGAAUGUGCCUGCCAAGCUGCCUUCCAUCAUGGCAGGUGCCUCCAUGCCUCCCUGCCAGUCUGUGCCAGCCCACGCCAGUGUCCUAACCGCCGGUGCCGCCAACAAGGAGCCCAGUGUCUGUGCCACCUCUCUGUCUGCUGCCAAAACGUCCACGAUGCCACUCAGCUCUAUAGUAGACGUAAAUCCUCCUUCUCCUAUCAGGGACGUCUAUGCCAACACACCCAAAGCUGCCACCAAUGAUGCCCCUCUACCUACUGCCUCAUACAUAGAGGCAUGGGCGAAUCCAGCUGUGGCUGCGCAGGAAACACAGCCACUUCCUAAUACCAGUGCCAACAUGCAGCAGGAAACUGUACCUGCACCAAAGGUUGUGCCCACUCCUGUGCCAGUCCCAGUACCCAUGCCCAAAGCCAGUGUGCUGGCACCUCCAGCACAGCCCAGUGUAGCCCUUACAACAACACUGGAGUCUAGUGGAGAUCAAGAGAGCCCUGGGCCAUUGCAACGCUCCAUCACUUCUGUCUCUGAUUUCCUGGAUGACCCCUUGCCACAGAAGUCAUCACCCACCCCCAGUAUGUCCCCCAAAGUCAUGGUCCCUGGGACAGAUCUUCUUGAUGUGCCUGAUACGCAUCCCCUGCGGCCACCUAACCCCUCACCCAUAGAGUCGGAGCCAGAGGGUGAGAGGGAGAACACUCGUUUGAUAUCCAUCGAAGAGUUCCUGCGGCCUGAACCUGUGCCCAGAACUAAGGUGUAUGCAGGAGGUCUGAUGGACCCUCCUCCUGACUAUCAUGUGGAGAGCAGCCGUUCAGACCUAUCUGAUAUUCUGGAGGAGGAGGAGGAAGAUCUGUACUCUGAGUCUGCCGCUGAUGCAACACCCAAGACCUACAACUCGGGGCCUGCAGGCAGGCUAGAGGGGUGGGAGGCUGACAGUGACGAGGAAGUCUUGGAGAAGAUCCUGAAACUCCAUCCCCAGGUGUUUGCUAAUAAACAGUUGUUCAGUAUCCCUGAGGUGACUGAGGAAGAGGACAAUAGUGAGUCAGAGCCUCACUCCAGGCUGUCUCCAACCAAAGGGCGCUUUCUGUGCCAGCCUGCCUCUGGAAAGUGUCAGCCAUGUGGGGACAAAGCAAAAAUAGCAAGGAACAGAGGGACCACACAGGGCCGGCCUCAACCAGGUGUGAAUUACAUCGACACGGUGGACACCACCAACUAUGAGGAUGAUGAAGGGGUGGACCUUGAUUCAGACAGCAGCCUGUAUGUUGGUCCCUACAGCAGGGAGGUGACACCGCGACGUUCUCACCGGGUACACAGAGAGCGUGACAGACUUCGCAGAGAAGCCCUACUUCGCAGCCACAUGACCUCCCACCUUACCACCUCAGGAGUGACAGGACAAGGGCCGUACAUGCUCAGUAGGACAGUUUGCCAUGUCAAAACACCUGCCGUGGAGAUAGAUGUGGAGUACGGGACAGAUAAUGAUGAUGAGGCAUCACAAUUGGACCCUGGAGAGGUUGUGGUGGAGCAGAUGAGCUCAGAAUGGUGGGUGGAGGGUGGAAACCAUGAUUACCACCACGCCUCAUCUUCACGACAGACCAAACAGGAUACACUUGACGUCAGGUCAUCUGGCCACCACCAAUGGGAGGCUGCAGGUCUAGCGGAUUCAAGAGCGGCCUGGUGCGACCCCAGAGACAUCAGCCCAAAAUUAAAUAGAUCAGAGACCAGAUCGCCCAGAGAUGUGGCAGAGGCACGGCCAAUUGGUGACAAUGAGAUACGGAUUUUCGUUGCCCUUUUUCCAUACGAUCCUUCAACCAUGUCACCCAAUCGCGAUGCAGCAGAGGAGGAGCUUCCCUUCAGGGAGGGCCAGAUCAUUAAGGUCUACGGUGAUAAGGACCCAGACGGGUUUUACCGAGGCGAGUCAGGUGGCCGUCAUGGUUAUGUGCCCUGUAACAUGGUCUCUGAGAUUCAGGUGGAUGAUGAGGAGACCAGAGAUCAGCUGCUACAGCAGGGCUUCCUGUCUACUGAGGCCUCUAUAGAGAAGAUGGGCACACGCUCACUCGCUCAGCUUCCGCACCGUCCGGCUCCACCACCCAAACCUAGACGCUCCAAGAAAGAACGAAGCAGAAUACAAGAAGUCUUUCCAAAGGUGGAAGCUACAGGAGUUUUAGAGGACAGUUCCAACACUGAUUCCUCCAAUCAAGAUAAUGCACGACACUCGGCCAUUGCCGUGGGAAACCCUGUACCUCGCAGGAUGGUGGCCAUCUUUGAUUACGACCCAAGAGAAAGCUCCCCAAAUGCUGACAUCGAGGCUGAGCUGGCUUUCAAUGCUGGAGACAUCAUCUACGUGUUUGGAGACAUGGAUGACGACGGCUUCUUUUUCGGGGAUUUAAACGGGCGCAAAGGUCUGGUACCUUCCAACUUCCUUCAGGUUUUUCCAGAGAACAGAGAUGAGUCAGUAGAACCUGAACACACUAUAGCCAACAUACGGAGAGACUCACAGGUGAGUCACGCUGCGUCUGUAGAGCAGACGGAGCCUCUAACAUCAAGUCCCCCAGACGAGCCCAGGACUGAGCCCAGUUCUCAACCUGAUCUGUACCAGAACCUGCUUCCAGACAAGCAGCCCGAACACCACCCAGCUCCAGCUCCAUGCUUAGGCCAUCCUCCCCCUGUCCUCCCUCCUCCAGAGGACCCUGCUGUCCCUGACACCUCUCCACCUGGCAAAAAGAAAAAAGGAUUCUUCUCUAAAGGAAAGAAGCUUUUCAAGAAGCUGGGCUCCAGCAAGAAGGAAUAAAAGCUAAAGACUGUGACUUUGACUAAUUCGCUGAUUGCACUUUCUUCAUGUCGAUGUUAAUUCAUCUGCAUGUGUUUGUGAUUUCAUGGAUAGAUUUAGACACAGAUGGCACUCUCUGUGACCGAUUGGUGCUCGUUUGUUUUUUGUUUGUUUUUUUUCCUCCAUUUGUCACCUUGAUAAAGGUGUGUUCUUGCUUUGCUUCGAAACUGUAUAGCUAUAAAAGCAUUCACAUCUUCAUCAGACUAGUAAAUGCACGAAAUAUUCCGAAAGCUAUGACGUGACAGCAAAUUAUAAACAGACACUGAAUCAACAGUAUUGGCUUUUGCAGUGAAAAUAGACUUUAGCUAAUGUCAGGAUUUAACUUUACAGUCUGGAUUUAGGAUAAUGCACACUAUUUUAGAUGUGCAGGGAAUAAACUUGGCCAAAAAGUCGCAGUAAUUUACACAGAAUAACCGUGUGAAUUACAUCUUGUGCAAAAUACAGAGAUGUAUACAGUUUACACUGACCAGGCAUAACAUUAUGACCACCUGCCUAAUAUUGUGUUGGUCCCCCUUUUGCUGCCCUGACCCAUCAUACACUGUGUAUUCUGACACCUUUCUAUCAGAAACAGCAUUAACUUCUUCAGCAAUUUGAGCAACAGUAGCUCGUCUGUUGGAUCGGAUCACAUGGGCCAGCCUUCACUCCCCACGUGCAUCAAUGAGCCUUGGCCGUCCAUGACCCUGUCGCCGGUUCAUCAUUGUCCCUUCCUUUUGAUAGAUACUGACCACUACAGACCGGGAACACCCCAACAAGAGCUGCAGUUUUGGAGAUGCUCUGAUCCAGUCGUCUAGCCAUCACAAUUUGGUCCUUCAUCAAACUCGCUCAAAUCCUUACACUCGCCCAUUUUUCCUGCUUCUAACACAUCAACUUUGAGGACAAAAUGUUCACCUGCUGCCUAAUAUAUCCCACCCACUAACAGGUGCCAUGAUGUGUUAUUCACUUCACCUCUCACUGGUCAUAAUGUUAUGCCUGAUCGGCGUAUAUAACUUUUGGGUGCAUUAAAUGUUUCUAGUAUGUUUAAUGGCAGCUAAAAAAUCAGUAAGAUGGUAAAGAAGGCUUCGACAGGUUUACCACAUUCCCUCCACAGUUUAUUCAUUAGACACUCUCCCCUAUCGUUUCUGAUAUUAACCACACGGUAAAUAGUUAUCUAAAAGACAUUCAAACGUUGUCUUGGUCAUCUUCCAAUUCUGAGGCUAUGAACAUCUCAGAGUUUAAUGUCAGAGCAUGUCUCAUAAUUACUGCGAUUCCCACGAACGCACUACAAGACCACAGGUAGUGACUUUUCUUUUUUUUUUUUGGCUCCCUGACUGGAAUCGUCACGUUGUCAUGGUGAAAACAUGAGAUCUGAUAAGAUUAUAUCAGGUGGAUGUGGGUUUUUGCAUUUUCAGCCUUUAAGGUUGCUGUUUGUGUAUUACAUGGCAAUAAGGUUCAGUCCUGUUAUAUACGGGCGUGUUGCGUAGGCUGCGGCGUCUCAGUGUGAAAAGGAUCACAUCACAGUGGGAAAGAGUAGCAUUUGCUCAGCUCUGCUGCUACGUGAACUAAAUACACGAGCUCCUUCAGUGUACAAGGUUCAGGAAGUCUCCUCUGGUCUGUUUUUUGCCUUGUUCAUUGGGACUCAAGUAGCACCAAAAGGUGUGUGCAUGUGUAAGAGUGUGUGUGUGUGUGUGUGUGUGAAACAGGGAAUUUCUGCCGUGUAAACUGAUAAUUAGUAUAAAAACACAAUUAUGCUAUACAGAGAUAGUGUCAUGUCCAAAUAUGCAGGAAUUAUUUAGCUCUACUUCCCGUAUGAUGUUUCCUGUGUCAUGAAGGUGUAAAGAAGGUGCGUGACUUAUAGCCAGAUCUUGCUCUCACAGGCUAGAAUAGCACUGCACAGUCAUGAGGUGAAAAUGGUGGCGUUAGCAUGCAAACCAGGACCAGUUUAAUACUAUUGCAAGCAAACACAAAGCCCGUGACCUGUGCUGCAGUGCAAUAUCAUUUAGAUAUUAGGAUUAGGACACAAAAAUGCUGACAUUAGUUAAUAUAAAGUUACAUGUCCAGGCUCUCGUACGGUGAGCUGAUGGACAAGGAGAAGAAAAAAAAAAAAACCCUUAUUACCUCAAGCUCACUUUGAAGGACGUUCACUAAUGUCUGAUUUUGCUGAUAUUUCAGCAAGGGCUCGUAUCUGUUUAUGCAAAUUUUUUUGCAGGAGGCCCAGAUUGUGCUGACCUAAACAGUGCAUCGUAGUUUUCAGUAAUCUGAUUCCGAUCAUUAGAGGAUGUUCAUUGUGUAAUCUGCCAUAGAGAGCAUGUUAUUAAGGAGUCUCUUAUAGGCUUCAGACAAGUUUUUCUUCAGACAGCGUGACCCAUGAUAUUAAAAUCAUGCUGAAAUUUCACAAUGUAAAACUGGCUGAACUGGCAGUUUCUAGUACAUGGUGGACCAGGACGUCACACGCUCUUGCCAAACCUUUUGGUGCUCUUUGUGUUGCUAUGACAGAGGAGAGAGCACAGGGGUCCAAGCACCUGAUGCACUCUGUAGCCCAAACGUCCAAGUCUAGCUCAAGUUCACUCUGGUUCCGAGGCUGAACCAAAAUAUAUUACUGAAUUAAAUUGUCAUCUUAAAUAUUUAUAACAAUAAAAAAUAAAAAUUAAAAAAACGCAGCCCUGAAAGAGGCACUGCACUUGUACAGUCAAACUAUUCCUCUCCGUAGCCUGUAGGUAAACUCUGGUUUCUAGGCGAGCGAUGGUCCCUAAGCUGUGCUAUAAUCCUAAAACUUGCUUUUUCGAACCAGCUACUAUAGUUCCGAAGCUUCGAGACCCAGUGCCGUCGCUAGCGCUAUGCUACGCUCUGCUAAUCCGCACCCACAGCUUAGACCACAGUAACUUUACUAGCCUUACGAGACCUUGUUUAGUCUUACUUCGAUGUUUACUUCUACUGACUGCAUGCAUGAAGGUGUCGCAACCCAGACACGGCCUUAUUUAUCGAUAUUUAAGUAUUUAUAACAUUACCUUGCAUUUCUUUACUUCUACAAUGUAUUUUGUAGGACUCUUUUCUUUUUUUCACUGGAUGCAGUGGAGGCCAAGCUGGAAGACAUCAGCUGAUACUUUGGUGUGUGUGUGUGUGUGUGUGUAUGAUGUACAGUGUUCAGGUCAACGGUUUGCACUUUGUGAUUUUGACGUAUGGUAUUUUCGAACAGGACGAGAAGCUUUAUUCUCUCAUCGAGUUUCUGCCAGUGUCACACGGAGAACAGGAACCUAUUUUGUAAAUCUGAUGUUUUGUAAUCAAUUUUUUCAAACUUGUAAAUAGGUCUUUUGUUUCCACAUUUUUCUUUUUCUUUUUUCUUUUUUGCAUGUUGAAGCGAGUGAUGACUAGUAAGAUCGUUAUUGGCCAUCGUCAUUUAGUCUGACCUUUUUACUGAAAUAAAAUCUAUUUUUACAGAAAAAUCUUAAA